AUGGAUCUCUCCUCGUCGUCUGCCUCGACGCUGACCCGUCCGAGAAUCACUCUAGCCAUUCUCACAGCUGCGGCUGCAGCAUCCGUAGGCCUCUACAUCCUGCGCGAAGCUCGAGCCGCAUCAUCCCAUCCAGAAGGCUCCCAGGGCGGCCGGCUACAUCGGAGCAAUGCCGUUCGCCGGCCCCGGCGUAGGUCGCAGGCCCACGAGCGUCGCGAGUCCAACGCAUCCUCCUACACCUCUGUCGAAUCCCACGGCGACGAGAACAUCGACCUCGGUCUUGCGCAAGCGCACACAGAUGGCGAGACGGUGGUUGACGAACCCAUCGACGACAGUUGGUGGGACGAUCCCACCCAACUAGAAGCCCACCGGGCGGGCCAAAACAUCGUCAGCCUGCUGUUCCGAGUGUCGGAAGACAAUGCUCGCCGAAAUGCAUACGUACAUCGAGGUUGCGCCUGUAAUGCAUGCGGCAUAGUGCCCAUACGCGGCAUUCGAUAUCGAUGCGCGAACUGUGCAGACUUUGACCUUUGCGAGACGUGCGAAUCCCAAGGACUCCAUAUCAAGACACACAUAUUCUACAAGGUCAAGAUACCCGCCCCGCCCUUCGGCCCGCGACAGAUGCAGCCGGUGUGGUAUCCUGGAGAUCCGGAUACUUGCCUGAGGUCUCUUCCCAAGAGCCUGAUGAUCAAGCUGUCGCGGGACACGGGCUUUGAACGUCCGGAGUUGGAGGCCUUCUGGGAGCAAUGGACAUUCAUGGCAAACACGGAAUGGAGGGAAGACCCAGACGACCUGUACUUGGCCAUGGAUCGGAAGACGUUUGAGCGCUGUCUCGUCCCCUCUGGGGGGUACCGUCACACUGCCCCGAACUUGAUCCACGAGCGCAUGUUCUCCUUUUACGACACGAAUAACGACGACUUGAUUGGCUUCACCGAAUUUCUCCAUGGACUGUCCUACCGUAAGAGGAAAGACAAAUUGCGAAAGAUAUUUGAUGGGUAUGAUGUCGACCGGGACGGGCUUAUCACUCGCAGGGACUUCCUCCGCAUCUUCCGGGCAUACUAUGUGCUCUACAAGCAGAUGCACAAGGACAUUCUCGAGGGCCUCGACGAUCAGGUUAUGAGCAGCAGCGAGGCACAUCAAUUAGUGUCCAGCAGACAACCUCUCAGCAGUCUCUUCGGGAGGGAAGGCCGUGUACCUCAAGCAGAACACGGCCGCCACCUGGAGGGCAAAAUUUACCAUUCUAAUGGCGAUGUCGAGUUAAGCGAUGCUCACGUACGUGUGGUUGGCGAGGACAAGCCAGACACUUCGGACCGUGCAGACGUCUUGGCAAGACUAUUCAGUCGCAGUGGGCAUAGAAGCUCGCGGUUAUUUCCUGACCGCCCGUACGCGUCCGAGCGAUCCCCGUCUCCGGCGACGGAAGCUGAUUUGCGAUACUGGGAAACCUUGCUCGACCCUCCAACCAGCAUACAGGAGCUCCCUGCCGUACUGAUGGGCGACAACCCCGUUCUUGACGAGAUAUUCGCCAAUGGCGACGAAGAGCAUCAUCAUCUCGGUGACCAUGACGCCGCCGGGGUUCACGUCCGGCGUUCUGUCGAGGUGCAGGAUGCGCAUGAGCACGAUCCGGAAGCUGUCAAUGCGCACGUGGGAGCAGAGCACGAUGAGAAUGCGGACAACGUCAACGGCAUUGCUUCCAAUUCUCGGCAGAACGAUCAUCAGCCCACUGAGAGCGAGAUUCUGGCUCAGCAUCAGGCUAUCCUUGCCCACAGUCAAAGCCGCAGUGGACGUAUGAACUCGGGGACCCGCAAGCAGGCACGCCGGAGAAUAUACGAACGGUGGCAGCGCCGUCAAUUCUAUCUGGACGAGGAGGAAGGUGCCGUGGCCCCGCCAGGCUGGGAUGUCAAGCAGGAUAUCCUGAGAAAUGAGAGCACCGCUGCCGAAAGCUCAAAGGCUGCUCAGCAGCACGUCCUCUCGCCACGGUCACGUUCGUCUUCUAAGGUGCGGUUUGCUGAAGACCCCGAUGAGUAUGAGAUCCGGUCGAACCCUUCGACUUCGUCAAGAAGCGUUCCCGAGCGGUGGGGGGGCAUCGACAUUCCCGAAGCGGAGCGUGAUGCCGGCAAGGAAAUUCUUUAUCAAGUUACUCAGCAAGCCUUUAACGAGUUACUGGAUAUCCUCUUCAAGGCGAAGGAGGAUCUGGCCAUACAGGCUGCGGAGACGAGCGCGCAGCGAGACAAGUACCGGCACUUGUUCGAAAACCUCGAUCUCACAGAAGGAGUGGACGAUGCUGGACAGCCUGAGGACGAGACGCUUAAGGAGCUUCUUAACCGGAGCGGCUAUACGAUCCAGCGGCCAGCAUCGUGGACACCGGAGGAGGAGGACAUGCCAGAACUGGAGGUCAUAGAAGAUAUCAUGCGAGAGGAGGUGGACUCGGGCAGCGAGGGCACUCCGUCUCCCCCGGCCGAGGUGGCCGUCGAGGAUAGGGACCCGACGAUGCCGCAAUUCCGCCCUAACAGUGCGCCUAGUGCGCAGCCUGCGUUCUACGUCCAGGUGCCUAAUGGGACCGACUCCGAUUCUGCAGCGUCUGUGGCAACGAGCACGUCCACGAGCGGCCUCUCGAAUGUGGCAAUCCGGAAGAAGCAUAAGAGAAAGGCCAAGGACAAGAUGAAGAACAAGGAAGUCCCCCGGACGAGGGGCGAGGAGCCCAUCCCCCGCAGGACUCUGAUCGAGUGGAAGCUGCUCGACAUGGCCGAGAGGCAAGCGGCAGAACGCGGCGGCUGGGGCAAGCUGAGCUACGACGAGUUCGAGAAGAUUUACAGGACGGAGGAGAGCAUGUCCAACAGACUGGACUACCUGGGGAGCUGGAUCGACUUUUGCAUCCCGUAG